AUGAAGCUUAUACCGAUGUUCCAGAUGAGGAAGAAAAGUAAGACUCCAAAUUUAAGCAAACAUUCGGCAAAACGUGAAGCAAAAAAGGAGAAGGCGAAGGCAAAAGAGGCAAAGAAGAAGACCAAAAAUGAGAGACAGAAGAAAAAAAUCAAGAAAAGAGUGGCUGCUAUUCGUUCGAUGGAUUUAUCUGAAUUUGUUCAAACUGAGCAGGAGGAUUCAUCGUCAUCUGACGAGUAUCUGGGAAGCCCUGACACUCCCAAUGAGCAGAGAACGUCGAGCGCGUUGCAAGUCGCUCGAGUUUCAGAGAAAAAGGUCUUACCCGGAGCGUUGUUGACACCACCACCAUUGCCUAAUUGCUACACAGAACGAAUUCUUCAAGAAGAACGACCAGACCUAGCGGAAAACGGACGAUUCAAAAUGGAGCUGUACGAGCUCGAUCUUCUUGACAAAUAUCUGCGCGAUCGAGCUGAGCUACAGACAGAUGACGUAAUCGUUAUCGAUAACAGAGAUAACGGAACUGAUGCCACUAACCUUUUUGCGUUGAAGACGGGUAUUCGGAAUGGUAGUGCUAGUCUUUCAAUACGUAUGAAGAGAGAAUUGCGGAUACUAGCUACUAUGAAGAAAGCAAAAGCAUCCUGGGCACCCACACUUUUCGACAGCGGAAGCGUUUGUGAUAUGCCAUUCAUCGUAACAAAUCUUGUGGAUAUGAACAUAGAGAAACUUCGGGAAAUGAUCGGAGGAAAAUUCAAACCGUCAUCGGCAUUUUAUAUCGCUGGUGAAGUGUUAAAUGCACUGGUGAAAACUUCAGCUGAACUUCAUCGAGGCCCAACCACUUGUCGCACGUCACAGCCACCUGUAUCACCGUUAUCACAUGUCGCCUCGUUGAUCGCCGAGUGA